AUGCCACGACCUCCAAGAGCCGUCAAAAAAACAGUGUUGUGCGACAAAAAUGAUUUGCUGAAAAAUGAGAAAAACAAAAGUCUGUCGCCCUCAAAAAAGGGAAACUGUGAUUCUGAAGAGUCUCAAUUUGAAAAUUUUUUUCAAAUUUACGACAAGGUUAAUCGCGAGAAAAUUCUUAUUAAUGAACAAUCGGAAAGCAAAGAGAAUGAAAGUCCAGAAGAAUCAAUGCAAACCGAAGAUUUGGAGCAUUACUUGAAUGCAUUCUCAAAGAGCGAUUUUAAUCCACUGAAACUGAAACAGCAAACAACAGAACUUUCAUCUACUGACUUGGACAGCAGUGAAGAGGACCCCUUUGGAUUCGUAAAGGCUGAAAGGAAAGUCAAGAGUUAUUUUAAAAAAAGAAAUACUCGUUCGUUAAAGGAUCACGACGAAGACGGAAAUUAUGAAGAAAACCAUCAUCCUGGUGAAUUCGAAAUCUUCGAAAUCGCCCAGGAUGACAAUCAACUCAUUGGAGCGGAUUGUCGUGAAGAUCCACGAAGCAUUAUACAGAUUACUGAUAAUGACCUGGACGCCGAUGAGGCGAAUGAUCUUCUUUUAGAUUCAGUAAGCGAAAAGCAAGGGUCAACAAAAUCUCGGAAAACAAAGAAAGAAGAAUCAAAUGGUGAAAACGAAGGGAAAGAUAAAAUUGAUUUGUCAUCACCAAAAACUCCCGAAAAAGACACAACAGGGACAAACGACCAACAAAGAAAUAAACCGACUGUAAUCAAGACAAGCGAUUUGUUAGAUCUAUUACCACGACGCAGGCAUGUGGCACAUGAGGACAAAGGAAAAGGAAGAGCAUUAGAUUGUGAAGAUAAUGAGCACCCGAAAACAGUUGCGGAGCGAGAACUCAAAGAUCGCAUUCGAUAUUUCGAGGAGAUUGAUAAAUAUUCAUUGCCGGUCGAAGAAGCUUAA